UUGUCAACAAGUUUGUCAAGAGAGUUGUUGGAGAGUUGUUGGUUGGGUACGCAUUUGUGUAUUCCAACUUAAUUCCAACAUUUAGUUGAAGGUCAAUCGGAACCACAGGUCGCUUCCAAUUAUUUUAAUUUUCUGGCACUGUAAUCAAAAUCAAGUUUGAGCGAUGGGCGCAGUGCUCGGGAUAUGCACAGCUUCACAGCUGGCAUGCUGUUGUGGGUCAGCUGCCUGCAGCCUGUGCUGCUCGGCUUGCCCAUCAUGCCGCAAUUCAACAAGCUCGCGUAUCAUGUACGCCAUCAUGCUGCUGGCUGUGACUGCACUAUCAUGUGUGCUGCUGGCACCCGGCCUGCAAGAUCAGCUGCAAAAGGUGCCGUUUUGCGGUGACCAGCUGGACUGCAGCACGGCGGUCGGCUACAUGGCCGUCUACCGCGUCUGCUUCAUCACCACCCUGUUCUUCCUGCUCAUGGCGCUGCUCAUGAUCAACGUCAAAUCGUCCAAGGACGGCCGGGCCGGUCUCCAAGAACGGAACGGAUUUUGGGCAAUCAAGUAUCUGAUACUAAUAGGCGGCAUGGUAGGAUCAUUCUUCAUCCCAGCGGGUGGCCUGACGUUCUGGAUGUAUUUCGGAAUGAUCGGCGGCUUCCUGUUUAUUCUGAUCCAGCUGAUCCUGAUCAUCGACUUCGCCCACAGCUGGGCCGAGUCCUGGGUGUCCCGCUACGAGGAGACCGAGUCCAAGGGCUGGUACUGCGCGCUGCUCUUCUUCACGUUCCUGCAGUACGCGCUGGCCAUCACCGCCGUCGGCCUGUUCUUCGCCUUCUACACGCGGCCGGACGGCUGCGCCACCCACAAGUUCUUCAUCAGCAUCAACCUGAUCCUGUGCGUGGCGGUGUCGGUGCUGUCGGUGCUGCCCAAGGUGCAGGCGGCGCAGCCCAGCUCUGGUCUGCUGCAGUCGGCCGCCGUCACCCUGUACACCAUGUACCUGACCUGGAGCGCCAUGGCCAACCAGCCCGACUCCAGCUGCAAGCCGAACUUUUCCCAGAUGAUUGACGGCAGUGGGGUGUCGCCGGGCGCGCCCGGAACCACGGCCGCGCCCACGGAGGACGGCGCCGGCUUCGACGCCGAGUCGAUCGUCGGACUGGUGGUGUGGUUCGUCUGCGUGCUCUACUCGAGCAUCCGCACUGCCAGUUCGUCUCAGCACGCCAAGCUCACUGGCUCCGACAAGAUUUUGCUGAAGGAUGAGGCGGGCUCUGGCGGCGCGCCGCAGGACGCCGAGGCCCAGGUCUGGGAUAACGAGGAGGACGGCGUCGCCUACAGCUGGUCCUUCUUCCACAUCAUGUUCGCGCUGGCCACCCUCUACGUCAUGAUGACGCUCACCAACUGGUACUCUCCCAACUCUGACCUGCGCUCGCUCUCCAAGAACGCCGCCUCCAUGUGGGUGAAGAUCGCCUCCUCCUGGGUGUGCCUGGCGCUCUACGCCUGGUCGCUCGUGGCGCCGCUCAUACUCACCAACCGCGACUUCAGCUAGAUGGCACCACCAGCGCGACCGGACGCCGUGGUAAGGGCGCUGAGGACGAGCUGAAGAGAAUAGGAAUGACGAUUAGAUGGACCGAGAGACAAGAGGCGCCAUAUGUCGGGAGGACGGAACACUGAUAGAUAGAUGGCCAGGUGCAACUGGUGCGAGCUCGAGGUUGUAUAUUUGUACUUGCAAAGAAGGGAAUAUAUAAAUGUUUUAUACCUUUCCAAGAAGGAAGCUCGGUUCGGAAAUCUGAAAGAUAGGGGCAGUUAGUUGUAAUCUACCGUCGGGGUCUGUACUGGCUGUCGGUUCUGUGACUGACGGCUGUAGUUUUGUUCACUGUUCCCACCACCGAAAGCUUAACUUUAUCUGAAUCUUGCGGGGUCUCUGCGAAAUGUUUGCGAUGUAAAUAAUCCACCCACAGAUAGUUACUCCUUACUUCUUCUUAUCCCCCCCCCCUUCCCCCGUAUCUCAAAUGAUACCGUUCUGGCCUAACCGUCAUCCCGAGAAGCGUGAUUGGUUUUAUCGUAUGGGUGAAUUGUACCUGAACGGAUCGUUAAGAACAAUGGUCUACUUAUCUGAACUGUGCUAGCGUAAGGUCCAAGCGAACGGAAGCGAAUGAUGCCGCAUCGCGUUAGUUAUAAGUCCUUAAACGUCAGUGAUUUUAUGAUAGCCAGAUGUGAAUGUGUUUCUACCGGUUAGUCACCGUUUCUGACGUCUGAAGGUGCUUUCUGCAGCUUAAGAAAAAGUGCAUGCCACGUGCUCUGUAUUCGUAUCCCUCUGUAGUGUUACCAUCUUUAGUCACCACUGAUAAAAUCACUGACCUGGUGCGCGUACUACCGCCAAUCGCCGGCGAUAUCUCUAUUACUAACGACACUAUCUGAAUCGAUAAUAAAAUGUGCUUGUGCUUUCAUUUAGUACUUAUCACUGGAUGUUAAAUGUCGGGCACAGUCGCGGUUUAACGUUUCUUUGUAGUUACAUAUUAUGUUUGGUGCUAAAGAUGUCCACCUAUUCAGCAGUUAAAUGUCUCCGUUAUCUACCCAGGAGAACGAUGUAUUUCCAAGCGUGGCUCCAAUGUCGUCUGUGGUAUGCCAAUAUGCUACUAUUUUGUGUACUUCUCAUUGUAUACUCCCUGAUUACUGCGGCGGCUAAACGAUCUGUGGGCUUCGUUGCCAACACCGCGGCAACCGCUGCUUUCCGUCGGUGUCCACAGCCAAUGUUCGGUGUUUUACCAAAUACACGAGUUGUAACGAA